CCGAGUCCGAUGAAAAUGGUUCAAAACUGACAUAGGAGAGCAGCGAUCAGCGCACGUUACAAAAAGGCAGCGGCCUUCGUUCAGAGACGCGGGAGAGAGAACGUCCCACCUUCUACCACAACAGCAACAAUGGCCCCAAAGAAGCAGCCGCAGAAGAAGAAGCAGAAUCCCAAUCAGAAAGGUUCUUCUUCUUCCAAGCCCAAAUCUCAAUCCGCAGAUCCCAAACCCACUCCCAAACUCCAAAUAUCUGCCGAGAAUGAGCGCCGCCUCCGCCGGCUCUUACUCAACUCAGACAGGCCCACCGCUCCCUCUCCAUCCCCCGUUGAUGCCACCAUCUCCAAAUCUCAGAAGGCGAAGAAGCUCCGCAACAUCUAUGAGAAGCUCUCCUGCGAAGGGUUCAAUGCCGACCAGAUAGAACAGUCGCUAUCGGCACUUAAUGAUGGAGCUACAUUUGAGGCGGCUCUUGAUUGGUUAUGCUUGAACGUUCCAGGGAAUGAGCUUCCCUUGAAGUUUUCAAGCGGAACAAAUAUGCUUAUGCAAGAAGGGGCAGAAAGAUCUAUUAAUAUCAUAUCUGCUGCUCGAGAAGAUUGGGUUCCUUCGCGGAUUCCAUCAGCUGAAGUUGAGGAUCAAAUGCCUGGAGUGUCUGUUAGAAUCAAAGGACAUCAAGAUGAUGAAUCUCUGGAUUUUGGGAAGCCAUCACAAGCGGACUGGAUACGACAAUAUGUGCAACAACAGGAAGAGGAAGAGUGGGAAGCUUUAUCUAGUGAUGCCAAUGACAAGGGGUCUACAAAGGAGGCUACUGAUCCAUGUUCUCGUGCUGUUUCCAUUGCCAAAGAGUAUCAUGCUGCAAGGUUAGCGGCAGUAGAGGCCAAAGAGAAAUGGGACAAGAAAAAUCAGGAACGGGCUGGUCAUAUCAUUCGCAAACUCAAACAGGAGAUGUCUUCUCUAGGACUAUCAGAUGACAUCUUAGUGUCAGGGUUUGGAGAUGAAAAUACUCUCAAUUGUAUGUCUGAGGCCAUAAUUUGUGAUUCAACAUCUAGCAAAGACCCUGAAUUUGAAGCACCAUGCAUUGUUAGAAGUAGAUCAGAGUUCACACUUGAGAAUGAACCCAUAAUUGAUGGAAAUGGAAUGGAAGACUGCUCAAAAGUAUUUGAGGGUGUUGUUGAUCCCUUUGAUGUCCCAGUUCCGGUGAGGGUUAGUGUAGAAGAUGAGCAAGAGGAAGUAGAGUUCAGCAAUUUAUUUUCUGAUGAUGCUUCAGUAAGUGGAAGCUUGCCUCCCGAAGUUUUGAAGAUGCAAAGGAAAGAGAAGAUAGCACAAUCUGGUCAUGGGCAAAUUCUAGGAAAACUUGAUGAACUCUGGAAAAAGGGAGACCCUGCGAAGAUUCCUAAGGCCAUUCUUCAGCAGCUGUGCCAGAGAUUAGGAUGGGAAGCACCCAAGUAUAGUAAAGUGUUUGGAAAGGAAAAAAAGUUCUCAUAUGCUGUUAGUGUUUUGCGUACGGCUAUUGGAAGGGGAAAGAGCCGAAAAGCUGGGGGCUUGAUUACACUCCAGCUUCCUGAUCAGGAUGAAACCUUUGAAUCUGCCGAGGAUUCACAGAAUAGAGUUGCUGCCUUUGCUCUUUAUCGUCUUUUUCCUGAUCUUCCAACUCACCAACUGAUUUUGGAGCCCUACUCUUCACUUAUUAGAAAAUGGCAGGAAGCUGAAUCCUUAACCAAACUAGAAGACACUGAAGAAAUUCGAAGAGCAGGUUUUGUUGACUCAUUAUUGAAUGUUGACAAUGACGGGUCUACUUCCACGACUGUCACAAAUGAUUCUUUUCCUGAAGAGCAUGCAAAACCAUACCCUCGGGAAAAUGCCCCCACUGCAAAAGCUGAAAGAACAAAACAUCGUAAGGAAGUAGAGAGCAGUUUUCUGAAACAAGAACUUGAAAACAAAAUGAAGCUGCAGAAAUAUAAGAAAAUGCUAGAAGCUAGAGCUGCUCUUCCCAUAGCUGAGCUGAAGAGUCAUUUACUGAAAUUGCUAAAGGAGAAUGAUGUUCUUGUUGUUUGUGGUGAGACAGGUUGUGGAAAGACAACUCAGGUGCCCCAAUUUAUAUUGGAUGACAUGGUUGAAUCAAGUAUGGGCGGGUAUUGUAGCAUUGUGUGCACACAGCCAAGGAGAAUAGCGGCCAUUUCUGUAGCAGAAAGAGUAGCGGAUGAGCGAUGUGAACCCUCACCCGGUUCAGACGGUUCAUUGGUUGGUUAUCAAGUUCGCCUUGAUAGUGCCAGGAAUGAGAAAACAAAGCUUCUCUUUUGUACAACGGGGAUUCUUCUUAGGAAACUUGCAGGGGACAAAGACUUGGCUGAUAUCACACAUGUCAUAGUUGAUGAAGUACACGAAAGGUCUCUUUUGGGAGACUUUCUACUCAUUGUUUUGAAGAGCCUUAUCGAGAGGCAAUCUGCCCAUGGAACACAGAAGUUGAAAGUUAUUCUCAUGUCUGCAACCGUUGAUGCGAAUCUGUUCUCAAAAUACUUUGGAAAUUGUCCAAUUAUUACUGCUAAAGGGCGGACACAUCCUGUGUCAACUUACUUCCUUGAGGAUGUUUAUGAAAAUAUCAAAUAUUGCCUUGCUUCAGAUUCACCCGCCUCACUAACAACCAUGGCACCCACAAGGGAAAAGCUUAGGAGUAGUCGUGUGGAUAACCAUAGAGGAAAGAAGAACCUUGUUAUGUCUGGCUGGGGAGAUGAAUCUGUACUAUCUGAAAGUUAUAUCAACCCACAUUACGAGCCAAAAUCUUAUGAGUCAUACAGUGAUAGGACUCGUCAGAAUCUGAAAAAUUUGAAUGAAGAUGUGAUUGAUUAUGAUCUUCUGGAAGAUUUGGUGUGUUAUGUUGAUGAAACUUACCCUGCAGGUGCCAUUCUUGUUUUCUUGCCUGGAGUUGCAGAAAUUUAUAUGCUAGUUGAUAAAUUGGCCGCUUCAUACCAGUUUGGUGGAUCAUCCAGUGAAUGGCUUCUUCCACUACAUUCAUCCCUUGCAUCAGCUGAGCAGAGAAAGGUGUUUCAAUCACCACCUGAAAAUAUUCGUAAGGUUAUUGUUGCAACAGAUAUUGCAGAAACCAGCAUAACAAUUGAUGAUGUUGUGUAUGUAAUUGACUGUGGAAAGCACAAGGAGAACCGCUAUAACCCCCAGAAGAAAAUGUCAAGUAUGGUGGAGGACUGGAUUUCACAGGCAAAUGCAAGGCAACGGCGAGGAAGAGCCGGGCGUGUAAAACCAGGAAUCUGCUUUUGCUUGUACACAUGCCAUAGAUUUGAGAAACUCAUGCGCCCAUACCAGGUACCUGAGAUGUUACGACUGCCAUUGGUUGAAUUGUGUCUACAAAUUAAGUCACUUUCUCUUGGUGAUAUAACGUCAUUUUUGUUAAAGGCAAUAGAACCUCCACGUGAUGAAGCAAUUACCUCGGCAAUUGCUACGUUGUACGAGGUUGGAGCUAUUGAAGGGGACGAAGAAUUGACACCUCUUGGUUAUAAUUUGGCAAAACUUCCUGUGGAUGUGUUGAUUGGAAAGAUGAUGUUGUAUGGUGGAAUAUUUGGUUGCUUAUCACCAAUUCUCUCAAUUGCUGGAUUUUUGAGCUACAAGUCGCCAUUUGUUUAUCCUAAAGAUGAGAAACAAAAUGUGGAGAGAGCAAAAUCAUCCCUAUUGAUGGAGAAGCUGGAUAAUGUAAGUGAGUUUGAUGAAGGAAGCCGACAAUCUGAUCACCUCUUAAUGGUGGUUGCAUACAACAAAUGGGUAAAGAUUCUUCAUGAGAAGGGAACAAAAGCUGCACAUCAGUUUUGCAAUUCAUACUUUUUGAACAGUUCAGUUAUGUACAUGAUAAGGGACAUGCGCAUACAAUUUGGGAGUUUGUUAGCAGAUAUUGGGAUCAUUAAUCUCCCAAAGCGUUCCCUGACUGAUGGUAAAAUGAAAGACAAACUGGACAGCUGGUUUGCUGAUAUGUCUCAGCCAUUCAAUAAGUAUUCUCACCAUUCUUCGGUUGUUAAGUCAGUCUUAUGUGCAGGUCUCUAUCCUAAUGUUGCUGCUACCGAAGAAGGAAUUGUUGCAGGAUCUCAAAGCAGCAACAGAACAUUGUCUGCCAAUCCUACUGGUCGUCCCCUCUGGUAUGAUGGAAGAAGAGAAGUUCACAUACAUCCAUCGUCUAUAAACAAUAAUAUAAAAGCCUUUCAGUACCCAUUUCUGGUGUUUCUUGAAAAGGUUGAAACUAGUAAAGUAUUUUUGCGAGAUACUAGCAUCGUCUCUCCAUACUCUAUUUUGCUAUUUGGUGGUCCCAUUAACAUUCAACACCAGACAGGACUGGUCACAAUAGAUGGUUGGUUAAAACUGACAGCACCGGCACAAACUGCUGUACUCUUCAAGGAACUCCGUUUAACACUUCAUUCUGUUCUAAAGGAGCUGAUUCGGAAGCCAGAGAUGGUGACUGUUGUUGACAACGAAAUUGUGAGAUCCAUCAUUCAUUUGUUGUUGGAGGAAGACAAACCACUGAGGUGAAUUCUUUUUUCUUCUGAGCAGCGAGGUAUGGAUUAUCCCUUGCGGU